GCGGCCAAGCUUCCGGAAGUGGUGGGCUUUGUUUCCGCGGGGAAGACACUCCAACACGGACGGGGCAGGCGGCGGGUGACCCUUCUGUUAUUUAAAGAUGUAAAAAAUGCUGGAGACUUGAGAAAAAAGGCCAUGGAAGGUGCCAUUGAUGGUUCAUUAAUAAACCCUGCGGUGAUCAUUGAUCCAUUUCAGAUACUUGUGGCAGCAAACAAAGCAGUUCACCUCUGCAAACUGGGAAAAAUGAAAACGAGAACUCUAUCUACUGAAAUUAUUUUCAACCUUUCUCCAAAUAACAAUAUUUCAGAGGCUUUGAAAAAAUUUGGUAUGUCAGUAAAUGACACUUCAGUUCUAAUUGUUUACAUUGAAGAUGGAGAAAAACAAAUAGAUCAAGAAAACCUAAUAUCUCAGGUAGAAGGUCAUCAAGUUUCUCUGGAAAAUCUUUCUGAAAUAACAAAUAUUCCAGAAGUCAAAAAGAUAUAUAAACUAUCUUCACAAGAAGAAAGUAUUGGAACACUAUUGGAUGGUGUCAUUUGUAGAAUGUCAACAAAAGAUGUUUUGUGAAAUGACAGAAAUAUUAAUAAUUUUCAGCAUUUAUAAAAAACAUUGGUUUUCUUUUCCUGAUUACAAAAUUUAUAUUUGUUCAUCAUAGAAAAUUUUAAAACACAGAAUGGUACAGCAAAGGGGGGAAUAAAACCUUUUACUCCUACCUCUUAAUAGUUUAAAAGAUAAUCCCUGUUACUAUUAUUUGUUACUGUCUUCUAGUUUUUUAUUUCUGUUCAAAUAUAUUUUAUUUUUAUGUAAUUGGGAUAGCAAUUGCAAACAUUUACAAGAAAAACUAGAGAAGAAAGUUCAAUGGCAGAAUUAACUGAGGAAAUGAAUAAGCGGCAUGUCCUUUAUGAAGAACUAUGUAAUAAAACUUUUUCAGCUACAUUUGAAGCAGAGAAACAGGCUGGUACAGCUUAGGAACAGCUAAAUGAACUAGAGAUUCAUAUGCUAAAUUAUUGGGUUAUCAGAAUCUACAGCAAAAAAUCAAGCAUGAUGUGAAAUGAAAAGUGCAAAUAACCAACUCAAAUUGGAGGUGUUGAUACCGUGCUAAGGUCCGGCUGCCUGCGGCUUAAAAAAGUUAAUAAUCAAGAUACAUGGUUGAUGGAAAGAAAAGCCGGAUUUAUUCAGAAUGCCGGCAUUCUGGGAGGAUGGCGAACUCCUGUCCAAAGGCCAUCUCCCCGUCCUUAGACCGGGUUGUAUAGGUACACAAGAAGGUUGUAUAGGUACACAAGAAGAACAAAGGAUAGGGGGCAUCUGUCAGGCAGGUCCGAGGGCUGACAUCCUUCCUGGGGUGGGUCUGUUUUACAAUAAUGUUAUCUGGACUCGGUCAGGACCACUGAGGGCUGGGGCUUUGUGUGUAUUCCGGUGUCUGGGUGCCUGAGGACUAAGAAAUUGUUCUUUUCAGGUUAGGGUUCUGUUGAUUAAAUGGGUUAACAAGGUAUGGGUAGCAUUGAGAAAGGGAAUAAAGCAAUUCCUCAGUUAAUCAGUGAGGGGAGAAGCAAAGAGGAAAUACCUGAAUAUCAGGGUGGAUCAAACUGCACACUAAGUAUUAACUAUUAGUACAGGUGACUAGAUAGCAAGCUAUGCAGUAAGUCAAACUGCAAACUAGCUAAUCUAAUUACGUUAUUGAUUUACUGAAUUUCACCCUUACAGUGUCAAAACUCUACUCUCAGCUUGCUAAAAAAGAAACAAAGUGAGAGAAAACUUCAGGAGAAAUUGAGCAUGUAUUGGUUUAUAAGUAUCCCCGGUCAUUUGCAGAACAUGAAAGAAUUCACGAGACUCAGAAAAAGUAGGAAAGCAAGAAAAGGUUUAUUGAAAGUCGAGCAGCAAGGAUGCCCGUGGCAGUAUCUAGAGAAGAUGGCUGCAACGAUGAGGAGUGCUGGGGUUUCAUUUUGGGGUGGUGGUGGGGAUAUUGGGGAACUGUGUUUUUCCAGGACCCAUUAGCUCCAUGUCAAGUCAUUGUUUUCAAUCUACUUAUAGAGGGCGCAGCUCACUGGCCCAUGUGGGAAUUGAACCGGCGACCUCGGCGUUAGGAGCAUGGCACUCCAACCACCUGAGCCAACAGGCCACCCCGUUUCAUAUUUUUCUAUGCAUGUUGUAGGGUACUUGUCAGCUUGCAAGGGGCCUGCCGUUGCAAUUAUUUUGUCUUGUUCCCAUCUAUGACGGAUGUCAGCUUGCAGGGGGUUGCUGUUACAACUGGCUUCUGGGAAUUCUUCUAUUCCCAUCUAUGAUGGGUGUUUGUUAGCUUGCAGGGGCUUGCCAUUGUGAUUGGGAACUGUUCUGGUCCUGCCUGUGAUGGAUGUAAGGUGCUUUAAAGCUUGCAGGGGCAGUGCUAGCCAGGGGAUACAGAGCCAAGCAGUUCAGUUUUAAGCUCGUUCCUGCUAGCUCACAAGCUCGCUCCUGUUAACUCUACUUGUUUCAUGAGAACACAGUUCUGGAUAUCAAACACUUUGAUCCUUCAAAGGCUUUUCUUCAUGAAAGUGAAGAAAAUUUUGCCCUCAAAACUCUUAAAAGAAGGCAAUACAAACUGCUGUUGAGCUCCUAUGGAGUUUUAAGCACCAGGCAAAUAAACGUCUGAAAAAUCUGUUAUUUAUUCUAUUUUAUUUUUGCUGAUGUUAUGUUCAUAAUGGAUAUUUUAAAUGUAUUUAAUAUUAACUUCCUAUCAUUAGGCAUCUGAAAGGAAGUUCACCAUUGUUACCAAUAUGUUUCCUGACAUUUUAUUUUCUGUUGUCAGUACCUCCUCCUUGAUGCUUACUUUUAUCACCUCAUUCUAAACCUUCCUGGCUUUCUAGCUUUACAACUCAUCCCAUCAAAUCACAUUCUUGUAAAAAUCACACUCAUAUUCCCCUAUUCUGAAACCUUAGAUGGUUCAAGAUUUAAUCCCCAGGUUUUGUAGGUUGAUAGUGGAAGGCUUUUCUAAUCGGAACCCCUUAAGCUAGGAUAAAACACCAUGGCUUGUUCUUCCCUCUACCUUGAUUCUCCUAAUACUGUUCACUCUGUCCCACCCAUCAUCCAUUUAUCCAGGUCAAGUAAGAAACGGCGUGCUUCACAGUAAUCUCUUUAUUUCAUAUUCGAGUCCCUGAGGUGGUCAACAAUUGGCACAUUGCUAGACUCUGUCCCAGGCCUACUCAAUUAAAAUCCGGGGUUUGGCCUGAAAAUCUGCAUUUUAAACAAACUACAGUUCAUUCUUUUUUUUCCUCCCCUUCUGCCUCCACCCCCCACUCCAGUUCAAGCCGUUCUCAGUCUAGUUGUGUAGGACCCAGCUCCCUGGCCCAUGCUGGUGUUAUGAGCCUUGCGCUUCCCCUGGCUGAGGCAGUCGGUUGGCGGUCGGUGGCUCGGGGCAGCUCACGGCAGCUCUCACCAGCUGCCAGCCACUCACAGGCUGCCGGCCACUCAACACUGACCACCAGCUGCUCAUGGCAGCACAUGGUAGCCCAUGGCAGCACGGCAGCUCGUGCUGACUGGCUGCCCGUGGCAGCCCAGCUCCAGGGAGAGCCAUGAUUCACAAUCUUAGCUGUAGAGGGUGCAGCUCACUGGCCCAGGUGGGAAUCGAACUGGUGACCUUGGCAUUAGGAGCACGGCGCUCCAACCACCUGAACCACAGGGCUGGCCCCAGUUAAUAUACUAAAAAUCUGGGAAACUCAGUUCUUAACCUCUUUAGAGAGUUUGUCAUACUGCUUGGCAUUGGCCUGACUACUGGGUGUUUGAUUCAUAUUUCUGUAAUAUGAAAUAAAAAUCACACCUUAAGUCAUUACCCCCACCCCAAUAAAAUAAAAUACAUGAUGUUGACAUUUUUUUAAAGAGUACCCUAGAUGUCUUUCAGAAUUCCACAAUCUGGAUUUGUUCACAAUUUGAGUCAGUUUAAAUAUUUCAGGGAAUGAUAAUAGAUUUUUGUGUCCUCCCCAUUGGGUGUCAUCAAGAGGCCCAUAAUGUCAUUUGGCACCCACAUUGUGUUAGGCACAGCCAGAGGAGCAGGAGACCAAGAUUGGUCUAUUAGAAUUUAGUUGGCGUGUUUGAGCUGCGGGAAGUCAGGCUAGAGCAGAGGGAAAAGAUCAUAACCUCUCUGAGCAAAAGGGGUAUGGACUUUUAUAGGAGGGGGUAAACAAGUUUGUUUCCCCUUCAAUGACAAAGGGUUUCCGGCAGGACCAAGCCCUCCAGCUCCACACCCUGGCCCCCGUCUCCCUCCAGACUGCCCAGGCCCCUAGAAGAUUGAGCAAGAUAGGAUCAAGACAAAAUGGCUUUUAAGAUAAGGUUUCUGCUCCAGGCCUAAAUAUGGCUUAACACCUUGGUAUACAAAGUUUGAUUACUUUGUUGCAGGAGUCUGGGUUCUUCUUGCCAACACAGUGAAGAAUCAAAGGUCAGCAAGCUGAUUAAUGUGCAAGCAGGGUUUAUUAGUGAUACAUUCUCAGGGAAGAGAAG